AUGCUGACGCCGCAAGUCGUUGCCGCCGGGUGCCACAAAGACCGCCGCAAGGCUGCGAGGCGAGCGGAGCGGGAGGCGGCAGAGCUAGCGGGUGCGGCAGAGCGAGUGGCGCUGCGCGAGGAUGCGGAGCUAGCAGAGGCGCUGCGCCGGUCAGAGGUGGAUGCAGAGGAGGAGGCGCUGGCGCGUCGGGUGUCGCGGUGCGAGGCGGCAGUGAGCAGCGAGUCGACCGGCGGCGGCGGGGAGUUGCCGCGGCGUGUCGAGCGGCUGGAGGCGAGCCUCGGCGCGGCGACCGAGGGCAGCCUCGAGGAGCGGGUCGGCGCCAUCGAGCGCUUGAUCGGGCCAGAGGUGGGAGAGGCGGCGGAGCAGCAUCUGCCAGUCGCCGAGCCGUUUGCUGCCGUCUCACUAGCGGACGCCGGCCUCGACACGGGGCGGCCAGCUGGCCCUGUUCACGCGCGCGUGAGACAUGCAGACAGGGUUGCCAGGUGA